AUGGUGAACCAAAAUGAGCAUGAAUAUGAUUCAAGUGAACCCCCAUGGCACCUAAAUGGAGAAUUGAUAUGCAAACAAAGGAUGAAUUUGAGUUGGAGUUUGACUCCCUUUUGUUUAGAUCUCUUUAUUGUAUUUGAGAGACUAUUAGUUCAGGAAUUUGAUUCUGUAGAUGAAUUACAUGCUUUGGCCAAUAAGAUAGCAAGAGGAAUUGGAAAAAGUUUAUUAUACACAAUAAUUGAACUUAAUCUCACCGACAAAGGAAAGGGUAUUGAAAGAGAUCCUAUAAAAAUUGAGGAAGAUAAGAAAUAUCAUGAAUUGCUAAAAACACUUCUUGUUGCGGAGCAAAAUAAUGAACUAUUAUUGAAAGAUCACAACAGGAGACCUGUUGGGACUAUGCCCUUUAAUGAGACAAAUAUGAUUGAGAGGAAUGUGCGCCAUCGAGGUCGUGGAAACUAUUUUAUAAGAGGCAGAGGUCGUGGAAAAUAUCACGAAAAGAGCGGCAUGAAUACUUUCGAACAAGGAAAUUUCUAUGGCCGUAGUCGUGGUCGUGGUCAUGGACUUAGUCGUGGCCGUGGACGUAGCCACUCCAGAAAUACAAAAGCACAUGUAAUACAUUGGGGGCGAACUUGUCGUACCGCCAAACAUUUAGUGGAUUUAUAUCAAGCUUCCAAGAAAAACAAAGGAAAAGGGGCAGAAGCAAAUUUUGUAAAUGAAGCAAGUACAUCUGGGCCCACCUUAGAUGUCUCCGAUUUCUUUACUGAGGAUGUGAACCUCCACAAACUUGAUCCCCAAGAAGAAGAUAAUUACAUCUUUUGA